UGUCUCAAAAAGAAGAAAAAAGGGACUGUCCGGGAGAGGAGGGAUUCCUCCAACAGAGGAGACCGGCGAGAAGGGAAGAAGCGAAAUCCCCUUCCGCCGAUUACAUAUUAUAUAGGGUUUGGAUUCGGCGAUGAUCUCGAUUGCCGGCGGAGAUGCGGCACGGGAGGACCCCCGUUCAAUUUGAUCCAGAGUUCGGCUCCGCCGCUGGUGACACUGAUGAAGGCCCGUCUCUCACACCGUCAGACGCCACCGGAUUCAUCACACGAGCUUGCGGACCAGGAGGAUUACAGAGUCAGCGAGGAGGAUUUCUGCAGGCACCUCGCUGUUUUGUCCAGCAGGCCUCGUCCCACAACCAUCGUCGGGCCCAGGAUUGACAGUGAACAGCAGCGCGAGGUCUACGAGCGCCUUGCGCUCUACCGCAUCAGAGCAUCCAAGAUGGCACAGGGAGUGUCCAUGAAUGAGCUGGAUGACAUGACUCUGAGAAAGGAAUACCCCCCGGAAGCUCUCGAGGAGACGUGUUACUUCAGUGACUACGACCAUGGUGACACCAUUGAUUGGUACUUCAACCCUGACCACUCGGUCCACUCCUACUUGAGUGACUACCACCGCCUUGUCCUUAAAAAUGGAGAUGGCACGCGGUACCUUGACUGGGAGAAGUACUGCUCAUGGUUUACUACCUACGAAACAGAUGAAGAGUAUCUCAAGUACUUUGAAGAAAUAUCAAAGAAAAUUAAGUGGAUUAAAUGUUACAUGAAAUUUGAACGAGGAUCUCCUGAGUGGAUAGAGAUGGAAGCUAGAGGAUUUUGGCAAGCAGUGGAGAUCGCGGUAGACUUUCCACACAUGAGCUUUGAUUUAGCUUUGACUGCAUACACGGAUCAUAUUUUUAACACGAGAUUUGAUUAUUUUGACCGUGAAGAAAUUGAUCCUCUUCUUUUUGAGAUUUGGAAACGUCUCACUAAGCAAAAGAUUACAUUCAGACAGGCUCUAGACCAAGUCCAGCAAGAGAACAUGUUCCCUCGACAGGAGAAGUGUAUACAAUUUGUACUGGAUAAUACUAGUAUCUAUACUCAUUUGCAAUCAACUUUUGAUACUUGCGUGGAAGACAUCUCUGAUGAGACUCCAGAGGAUGAAGGCCGCAGGUUAAUUACAAUGGCGGUUUCGAGCAAGCUUCACAAAGAGAAGACAUGGAAUGAGUAUAUUAUGAGGAAGAUAGAGAUUGCUAAACACAUUGGGUUGGAUCUCCAAGCUACAUGUAUCCGAAUUUUAAGACCCAGAAGGAUGUGGACUCUUGUUGUAGAACAAAAUAUUGUUCGGUGCCCAGAUGCACCUGGGCAUGGACAGUAAAUUCGAACUUUGAAAAGGAACACUGUUUGGACCCAAUUUUGUAUUUUUGCCUAGAGGUCCUCAAAUUUUCCAAAUACCGCGAAACUUUGCACGCUCCUUGUGCAGUUGAGCAUUUUUUAUGCCAAAAGAGUUUAGAAUUUUGUACUUUUUUUUGGAUUUACUAUUCAUCAGGUGCAGAUGAGCUUUGGCUUGGAUGUGAAUUACGGCUUGGCUUGCAACUCAUAUCUUGGUAAAGACAAAUACUGUUGAAUGAAGUGUUAUGAUGUUCUA